GGGCCCUUUUGGCGGGCUCUUGUGACGCCACAGACCUGUCGGGAGGGCAGAGACGGGGUUUGAGAGCAGACGGAUGAGCGGUGAGGGGCGGUCUCCGAGCGGAGAGAAAACGCGCUGGCGCCCCAAAGCUGGAACGCUGGGGUUCGCGCGCUGCCCCCAAACAACGGAAAACGGAAGUCCUGCCCCGGCGGAGGCCUGCGUCCUGGCGGAAGCAGCGUUCUUCCCGGAGCUGUGGCCCGAGACGUCGCCCCCGGCAGCCUCGGGUCGGAUGCCGGGAGCUAAGGGAGCCUCCGCACCUGGUGUUGAUGUUGAAAUAUGCCUUGUUAGCAUAUUAAAAUGGCAGUCCCCAAAGACGCCAUCCCUUCCUUGUCGGAAUGCCAGUGCCAGAUUUGCGUGGAAAUCUUAAUUGAGCCCAUAACACUCCCAUGUAACCACACGCUCUGUAAUCCAUGCUUCCAAUCAACUGUCGAAAAGGCGAGUUUAUGCUGCCCCUUCUGUCGCCGCCGGGUUUCUUCCUGGACCCGAUACCAUACCCGAAGAAAUUCUCUUGUCAAUAUGGAACUGUGGGAGAUAAUUCAAAAACACUAUCCAAAGGAAUGCAAGCUGAGAGCCUCAGGACAGGAGUCAGGGGAAAUCGUUGAUGACUAUCAUCCAGUUCAUCUAUUAAGUAAACCUGGGGAAUUGAGAAGAGAAUAUGAAGAAGAGAUAAGCAAGGUGGAGGCAGAGCGAAGAGCCAAUGAAGAAGAAGAAAACAAAGCCAGUGAAGAAUACAUACAGAGAUUAUUAGCAGAGGAGGAAGAAGAGGAGAAAAGACAGGCAGAACAAAGGCGAAGAGAGAUGGAAGAACAACUGAAAAGAGAUGAAGAACUGGCAAGAAAGCUAAGCAUUAAUAUUAACAAUUUCUGUGAGGGAAGUGUCUUGGCUUCUCCCUUGAAUUCCAGAAAAAGUAAUCCUGUUGCAACCAAUUCACAAAAGAAAAGUAAGAACAAGCAAACAAACACUGGAGAUAUUCAGAAGUACUUGACACCUAAAUCUCAAAUUGGGUCAGCGUCACAGCCUGAAGUUGUACAAGAAAUCAGCAAAAACUCCAUGUCUAAGGAAACCGACAGAAGCAAUGUAAAGAUCCCUACAUGGCAAGACACAGAAAUUGUGGAAGAUAUGCCAACACUUUCUCCGCAAAUAGGUCUUGAAGUUCAAGAACAAGAUGCAACGUCUUCAGUAGAGUCACCUAUGCCUCAGUUAUAUGCCAAUGGUACAGAAUGGUGCCAUGAAGAAGAAGUCAAAAUGACACCAAACAAUCAUGAUGAAGAGUUACCUGUCAUAGAUCAUGAGGAACCUAAAACCAGAGUUCCCUACUCUAGAGAAACUGCAGAUAAGCCAUGUGGCAAAACAAAAAGUGGGUGUGAUAUAUCAGAUAUGAAACAAAUAAUUGAAAAUAAUACAAUUGACAUGGAAAAUGAAGAGUCUCGCCUAUUGAUCAGUAAAGACAUUUCCAAAAGAAAAAACCAAGAAUCUUCAUAUGAAGCAGUCAGAGAUCCAUGCUUUUCUGCAAAAAGAAAGAAAAUAUUCCCCAAAGUUUCCUCAGACCAAGAGGAAACAGAAAUUAACUUUACCCAAAAACUGAUAGAUUUGGAACAUCUACUUUUUGAGAGACAUAAACAAGAAGAACAGGACAGGUUAUUAGCAUUACAACUUCAGAAGGAAGUGGAUAAAGAUCAAAUAAAGCCAAAUCGGCAAAAAGGCUCCCCAGAUGAGUAUCAGUUACGUGCCUCAACCUCCCCUCCAGACAAAUUGUUAAAUGGACAGAGGAAGAAUUCCAAAGAUAGGAACUUAAAAAAACAAACUAAUAUACAACAUACUAAACUUAGGAAAGGCUCAACAAAUGAAAAUUGGCAACCUUCUUUCAAGGUCCAGUUGAAACGUUCACUUCCUGGGAGAGAGAUGACAAAUUUUGCUAGAGAUAAUUGUAAUGUACCUAAAAACACUCAUUCCCUACAGUCUAGUAAGUCACAGAAAAGUAUUUUUCAAAUGUUUCAGAGAUACCAAAAGUAAUGUAUGAGUGAAGGGAAUGUUUUAUAAUCUAGUAAAGCUGGGUUGUGAAACUGUCACAGAAUCUUUAAAUCUUUAUAAAAGUUUUAUUAAUUCUUCUGCAGGCACAUUCAUUGUCUUUAAUUGAAGGAUCGUGUGAUUACUAAGGAAAGAUAGACAACUGUGUUUCUGCCAAACUCAGUGGUAAGCAAGAGUCCUGACCCUUUCCAUUCUUAAUAACUGAUGAUACUGAGUUUGACAAUCCUUAUAUAAAUAUAAAUAUAUAAAAAUGCCUUGUUAAACUGCCAAGAAAUCUUAAGGUACUAUUCUUUUUUUGAAAAAUGCAUGUUUGUAGCAUUUGUUCACCUUUUUGUCCUGAUUAGUAAUCAAAGCAAGAUUGUACCUAGUAGUUAACCUAGCUAAGGAGUCCAUGUAGGAUUUAAGAUCUAAGUUUUCUUGCUGCUCGCCCCUGUAUUUGUAGAACAUUUGAAAUUACAUCACCCAUAACACUAAAGUCAUCUAAUUUUGAUUUCUGCUUUAAUUAUUUUAAAUAUUGUAGUAUGUGAUCUAAAACAGGUUAGGAUCAAUGAAUGUCAAAACAGGAAAACUAUAGUUCUCUGGAAAAUUAGAAAUUAGAUGAUAGAAAGGAAACUGGACUCUUGAUAGAAAUGGACUUCUUAGUUGGAUGAUGCUAAUUGGGAUGGAUUGACAACUUGGAAUCAUUGGAACUGAAUGGAUGAUGUGAGACUGUGUCCAAGAUGGAGCCGGAAGUAUAAUUUGACAGAACAUUGUCCCUUGUCUUUCCUUUACUAUAUGACACAGAAAAUAUUUGAGUUUUACAUCUUUUCACUCCAUAGUAUCAGGGAUCAAAAUCAAAAUUAGUUACAAAAUUACCUGAAAUUUUGAAAAUUUAUUCCAAGAAAUAUCAUUUCUUGUAGAACCUGAGACAUAACCGUGUGUUUAUUGAUUCUGACUUAUGUGCUUAUAGACAGAAAUGGAAAGUCUGAUACUGGGGUUUUGCCCUGUCUUACCCCUGAAACUUUAAUCAGAAGAUAGUGAUUUCAUUUUGUGAAAUUUAACUUAGAGGCUAUUAAUCUUUUGUUUCACUAAUAUGAACAGUGAGCAAACAAGAUUUAACAGCAUUUCUGUUGAUGUCUAGUUAUCUGUUUUAGUAAGUAAAAUAAAAUGUCUUAGAGCUGAUUUCUAGCUUAUGUAUGCCAAUAUUUUUAUACAGCAUUAAAAUAUUUUUCCUCUAGAUUCUGUUACUGAAAUUCUGUUAUUAUUUACAUGUUCAAUGACAUCUACUUCAAAUAUAGAUUGUAUAAUUAUGGGUAGAAUUUAAAAGUUAGUUUGCCCUUUCUCAAAAAAGUUACUUUGUGCUUUCAAAAAAAAAAAGUGAUUUUCCUCUGAGUAAUGAUUGUUCUGAAAUGAAGUAUAGACAAAAACUAACCAAAUUUGUCUAAAAUAUACUAAAAACUGCCUUAUCAAACCAAUAUUUCUCUAACAGCAAAUUCACUUUACAUUUUAGGGUAGACAUUGUUGGGACUCCUCAAAUUAAGUUUCGUAAUUAAAUCUUCCUAGAAUAGUCCAUGACCAAGCAGAAAAAUAAUGGGGUGUAUUUAGAAUUUAUAUAUUUACCCAUUUAAUUGUCUGUGAAGAAGUCUCCCUGACUAACAUUGGUUUUAAGAUAAAUUUAAUUUCUCUAUUAGUUUUUGAUAGUCCUACUAUGUAUGCCUUUUCAUUAGAAACUGAUGUUUUGUGUCUGUCAUUAGAAUGCAGUGCUGCAUUUCCUCUGAUUUUUGUGCCAAGAACAUAAGAGUAUUUAAUUUCUCAGGGAGUAAUAAAACUGGUAAAAAUAUGAAAAUUAAAGUAAUAACUAAAAAUAAAAAUGGAAUAUUAUAUAUGUAUGUUUUACCCCAAUAAAAAAUAUAAAGUACAUAAAAAUAAAAAGGUGUAAAUAACGAACUGGAAAAGAAGUAGUUGUAGUCCAUCGCAAAGAGCUAAUUUCCUUUAUAUUAAGUAUCUGCUGAUAUAUUAAAAAAGAAAGACUAACAGCCCUAAAAGAAAAUUUUUAGUUUUUUUCAAAGGAACAGCUCCCAAGAAAGGAAAUAUAAGUGACUCUUAGAUAAUGUGAAAAGAUACAUUAUGUCUCUUGUACUAAUGCUCACAUACGCUCAUGCAUAUUUUUCCUGACUUUUAGUUUAGUAAAGAUAAAGGUGCUUUUUUGGUUUUGUUUUCUUGUUUUUGCAUAUGGAUAUGUAUUUUUGAUUUUGAAAAAGCAAGGAAUUUAUGUGUUGCUUGUUAUAAAUAGAAAAUUAAGAAUCCUUAUGAAGGUAAACUUGGCAGUUCUACCUCUAGGAAUUUCAUAAAGCUCUCUCCACGUGUGUAGAAUGAUAUGUUCAAAACCUUUUUGUAUGGCAUUGUUUGUAAUAAUAAGCUUUAGAAACAACUUUAAUGUCACAUCAAUAGAUUGUAAAUCUAUGAAGGUACAAUGAAAUACUUCAUGGCCCCAAACAAUGCUGAUAUAAAAAGAACUACUUGAUACAGAGUUAAAUAAAAACAUAUAAGAUGUAGACUAGCAUAUACAACGUGUAACCACUUACCCACAACAGUUAAAUAUGUAUGUAUAUGUUUGCAUAAAGUGUCUCUAGAAGGAAAAGCAAAAAAUUUAGGCACCUGGGAGAGAAACUGGGUGACUGGGAAAUAAUAAUGAGAAAUAACUUCAUUUUUAUACUUUUUAAAUCAUUGAAUAUGUCAUUUGUCAAAAAAUACUUACAUGUUCUUAAAAUAUUGCAAGGAAAGCUUAUGCUUCUCAGUUGUACUGCUCUAAAUAUUUUUUGUGUUAACGUUUUAAGAACCAUAAUUCAGGAAUAUUUUUUUAGUGUGGAAAAAAUAAUGUAUAUUUUUCAAAAUAGAGUUUUGUGUGAACCUGAAUUUAUUUAGUUUCAAUGUACUAUUUUUAAAUCAUUUGAAAAGCAAAACAAACUUUCCAGUUAGAAGUAGGUAGAAGGUAGCAUUACCUUCUAAUGCUAUCUUCUACCUACGGUCUUGCUGAGAACAUGGAAAACAUAAAGUAGUCUGCCUAACAACACCAAGCAGCUUCCGAGACAAAGAGGCUGGGCCCUGUUCUAGAGAGGGGAGAUUUAAGAGAGAGGAACUGAUGUUUACAGUCACUUUUUCACUGGUAGUAUAUGCCUAUUCUCAAAGCCUGAGAAGAACCAGGGCUGCUGGUGGUAAACAGAAACCAGUAGAGCUGUUGGCCAUCUCAUGAAGCUGCAGUUGUUUUCUAAAAGACUGAAAAAUCUGUGAAAAACUGGGAGUUGUCAUCAGAGUGAUAGUGCUGAUGAGGCAAAAGAGUAGAGUCCAGUAUACCUUCCAGGGGGAAAGAAAGGACUCAAUUGAUAGCACAGAGAGACUGCAAAAGACAUCCCAAUUUGGCCCCUAUUGUAAUAAGGGUCUGUGAAGUAAAACUUGUAAAAUGGCUUUUAGAUUCCUUAGUUCACAAAUAUUUAAUUGGUAAGGAAUUGAACUAUUGUAAUUUGUGCAUGAGUUUUGGACUAUCAAAACAAGGACAUGUGGUACAGAAAAGAAGGGGAAAAUUUCCUGCCUUCAGAGGGUCUCUGCUACUUUUGUUUACCUCAGGUGAAUGUAGCCAACAAAGUUGCUAUCAGGAGUUAAGGGAAGUAAUAUAGAGAGAGCACUUGGUAAUGCCCUGCUAGUUCCUACCCCCUGCUGUCUUCACCUCUACCACCCCCACUUUAUCCAGGAGGUAUGUACAUCCCCAGAUGUAGCUCCACUUAAUUGUAAUUAUCUCCUGUCUACUGAUGACUUUAUACUCAUCUCUCCUUGCCAGAGCUAUGUCCACAGUUCUCUGUGUCUCACAAUAUCUUGACCCUAAAAGAAAUCAUUCAAAUACUUCCUGACUUCCUUAAAUUCAUGUAAUAGUUCAACACAUUUGAUAUGCAUAAAAGUGUGUCAAACACUAAAAACUUUGAGGUGGUAAAAAGACUAGGGUGUUUGCCAUUGUAUGUUUACUCUUCUAUGUAAAGAACUUAAUAAACAAUCAUGACUAAAUUUUGAUCGUGAUUUUUUUCCCCCAGAAUAAUUUGUCUUGUCUUGUUAGGACUUGGAGCAACAUGGCCCUGAGUUCAACUGAACUCUUACUUUACAUGUUACUUUAUUUUUCUCUUCUUUAGCUCUUGCUGCUGCUGUUAGCCUCUAUCUCCCAAACUAGUUCAAUUCAAAAGGCUUUCAGUUGAUGAUCAUAAAUUGAGUUCAUUUUUGUAUUAUUAUUCUCCAUCCCUUAAGACCAAAAUAGGGUUGAGUGUCUCUUUUUUCACUGCAUGUUAGACUGACCUUGAACUUGCCUGAGUCUCAGGAUUACCACUCCCUGCUCCGUUUAUAUUAGCCAAAUUAUACUGAAUGUAUUGUUUAGGGUCCAGUUAAGAAAACAAAACCAGAA